AGUGAAGGAUCAUGUGAGACUCCGCGUUUAUUGUGUCGCUGAUGGAUUUUUCCGGCCUUGAUCCUUUGUAUCUUGUGCGUCUCCAAACCGAUUUUGGGGAUUUGUUGCAAAGAGCGAGGGACAAUAACCAUAUACUCUGCAUUCCAAGUGCCGAAGUUCUCCGCGAUGUUCAUGUCGAUGAGAAUUUCGUGGAAACACACAUUCUCUGUCCAUCGUCUUCGUUGAAGGGAGUGUAUGUUUCCUCGAAGACCCACGCCCCUCAUGGACUUCCAGUUUUGUCAUGCACGGUUGAUGAUACUUGGUCGUGGCUCGAAGUUUACCAUGACUGCGAUUGCGAUAGCAAUGAAGAACCGAGUCCACCGAUGCGAAUCAAGAUUUUGGGGAAAGACUUGCUCCUCUCCCACACAUUAGACCCCAUAAACCUUCUUCUCAUCGACUCGUGUCUGACACAGCCUGCACCAGAAACGACCGAUUCAUAUCCGCACAUCUUUGAAUUGCUGCCGACGAAUAUUACCUCUGCUACUGAAGCCGACGAAUUUUUUGGAGAAUUUCUCGGAAAUCCUGCGAGAACUUUAAUUAAUGAUGCGUUGCGGAGGCUAGAUGGAUUCUACGUUACCCCGGAAAACGUCGACGAUUUUUCUCGCGUGAUGAAACAAGAAUUAGAUGAUCUCGUGGAUAAGUGCAUUGAAAGCUUAUCUCCGGCCUCGAGGAAUGCGCAACUGACUCGAUGCGUUCGAAUGGCUUCGGAAUGUUUAAUCAUGAGAAUCAUGCACGAUCGAGUCUUCAAUGCCGUUUGCGAAAAAUUUUCAAUCGAAGACAAGUUACUGUUGGACAGGGCUACGGAGUUUUGCAAGUUGAGAAUUACUGCUGAUCAGCUGGGUGCGAGAAUUGAAUUUUCUGUUCCGUUACCUGCCGCGGUGGUCGAAUUAGCUUCGUUAGACUGCCUGAAAAAUCCUAUGGAGAAACUUCAGGCCAUGAGGAACUCGGUGGACCUUGUGAUUGCUGAAGUAAAACGAACGAUAGUAGAAGCUAUGAGCAACUCCACUACAGAAUUGGAUUUCAAGUCACCGAUUGUGACGACAAGUGAUUUACUACCUCUUGUGGCUGUUGUACUCAUCAAAGCAAAGCCGCUGCAUCUUGCCUCCAACUCGUACUAUUCGCAAAAUUUUUGUUGGUCUCAGGAAGAUGUUUUCUAUGCUUUGAAGACGAUCGACGCUGCAAAGAAUUUCCUUCAAACUGUCCGUCCCAGGAAUCUUCGACGCUCUCAAACGAAAAUUACUCCGGAAUUGAGUUUGGCUGAGUUAAUGCUAGCUACAGGGAAAGUAAAUUCUCAGAAUCGCUACCCUGAAAACAAGGAAAUGCCCGACGUCAUAUACGAUCAUCACAUUGAGAGGAUCACUUCUCAAAUUGAAGCCAGCACCCGACAGUUGAGCCAAGAGCUGAUUAAGUCGCCGCAACUUUCUCGCUCAAGAACUUCGUUGAAUUCAAGUUCUCCGACUACGUUCCUCUCACCGAGUUCUUCUGUGGCCCAGCUAUUGAGCAGUAGAGACGCUACGAAUUGAUGCUGCUUCCCUUCCAGGAGUUGUUUCACUGCUUUUGUGCGAUCAAAAUCUGUUCCCGUGGCAGCUUAAAAUGUUUGAUGGCGUGCCAAGUUUUCUGCGAAAUUUCCUUUCUGAAUUUGAAACUGAGAGAACGUCUUUCAGCCGUUUUUGCGAGCCUCUGCGGACAGAUAAAUUCAACUCGUCAAUUUUUUUUUCUGAUGUCAAUAUUUUAUAAGUAGUUGGUGUACUCGAAACACAUGCCCGCGGAAGUGCAUCGCGACUAUCAGGACAUAGUCCAAUUUGAUCUGGAAAUCUUUGUGAUGAAGCAAAAUGGGGAUUUUAUUUCAAAAUGAGAAA